AUGUCGAACCCUUCGCAAUUACUGCUUCUAGCGGACCACAUAAAACUGUCGCUCCUCGAACGACAGCGUGCGCAGUCGCUCAACCUCGAGCGCAACCCUGCACAAGACUCCAACAUCUCACGCUCAUUAGAGUCCUUCCGAGAGAGCUUAGCAGCACUCGAAUCCAAAUCACCAGAUGAGGAAGCACUUCCAGACCUAAGAGCACAGUACAAUGAUCUGUUCCGCGAGUUCCACGGCGAGUCCUCAACAACAGCCGAAGCCACCCUAUCACAACCAAACGAUCUUGCUUUACGAGAAGACUUUGCCCACGCACAAACAAGAACAAGCAUAGACAGUUCGAAACGAAACACGAACACAAAAAACGUCCGUUUUCGAGACAACCCUUCACAAGACUCGCUAGACUCCGCCGAAGAAGCGAAUAGAGCGGCCCUGUUCCAAGAACGAUACAGAGACGAAGAGCUGCCGGAUCCGACGACAGACAUGUCGAACCAGCAGGUCCAUGAAUAUCACCAACAAAUCAUGCAAGAUCAGGACGACCAGCUCGAUCGUUUAGGGGAGAGUAUAGGUCGCCAGAGAUAUCUCGGCAUGCAGAUAUCAGAUGAGCUGGAGGGACAGAUAGCGUUGCUCGACGAGGUUGAUAGGGGCGUUGACAGGCAUCAGUCAAGGCUAGACGGGGCAAAAAAGAAGUUGAACCGAGUUGGGGAGAAGGCGAAGGCCAACUGGGGCAUGACGACUAUUAUUGUGCUGAUUGUAAUUCUGGUGCUCCUUAUUGUGAUACUGAAAUGA